CAAGAAGUGACACUCCCGGCGGAGCCUCUUCGGGGGCCGCACUAGCAUCGUCCGGGCAGACCAGCUUCUACACGAGCGCCGUGUAUCAACAGCUUCAUAGCGGCGGAGGCGGUGGGCAGUUCAACCCGCAAAGCAACGAGGGUCUGCAGCACUUUGGCGGGAAGAAUUCGCAGUACAGCAACAAUUACGCGAGUUCCUCCAAUGUGGGAACUGAUUCCCGCAGCGUCGUGGCUUCUGCGGAAGCCUUAUUGUUACAAGAGCAGCACAAUGGAAAUUCCAAUUGCAAUAUGUCGAAGUCCUGCGGGCCACAAGCACAAGGAGGGAUGAACCAGAAUAAUCAGCAGACAGCAAUAAACGAGUUCCAACAACCCGGGCGUCCUGUUGCGCGCGAGGAUACGCCGCCACGUGCUGCGGGAAGCCAACACCAACAGAGCGCGUCAGCAAUCAUGACAAACCAGCAAGUAGUCCUCCACCUGCUGCCGUUGCAGAUCCGGCUUCCCGAGUCCCGGCAAUUCUACCUUCUCUACACCGCAGUGCCGACGAUGGGAGGCGCGUUUACGCGGUUCGAGGAGCUGCGAGAGGACAGUGAGUACUUGUGGUUGGAUGGACAGAAAACGCAGUCUAGCUCAAAAACAAACACUCCGCGGCAUCACCAGCAAAACGCUGCCGAAGGGCCCGCUGCCGCUUCUCUCAAUAUCGCGGACGAUGUGGAAUGGCCCGAGCUUUUGGAUGCCGUCUGGGAAUGCUACAGCGACGCGGUCGUCGUGAGCGUGGUUGGUAAAAAGCCGGAGAAAAAAGAAACAGAUGACGGCACUAAUGCGCGAAAACGGCGACCCUUUGGCUCUUGUGCCCGCGCAUUCAUGGAAAAAUUUCGCGAGGCUCAGCGAAGUGAAAACAGCGGAGGGAAGCAGCACUUCGACUGGCAGACACAAGUGGAGGCAACGCCGAGCACCGUAGCAGACGAAGAUAGUAGAGGAGCGAACUACAGCAGCACGACACAAAGCGACAAUGCGCCCACAUCAAAUCGAAAUGGGUCACCAGUGGUCGUUUCGACAGCUGCUGCGGUUUCUGCAGGAGAGCAGCGUUCUCCUCCAGUAGCUGCAACGCCAACUACGACACCGCCAAAACAGAAAAGGUUUUACCUCUUCACCGGGCAGGCUUACAAUCUGGCGAUGUUAAUGGAAGAGAACGACCUCGACCGCAGCGUGUUUGAAGAAGGUACGUUUAAAGUUGAGGCGCUUUGUUCUUCGGUGUGAUUUGUCCAUCUAGGGGAAUAAAAUUUGAUUGAGAGGCCGGUACCACUACGGCUUUAUCGUAAAUCCAUCGCAACCCGACAUAAAGCUUCACUGAAGUUGCAGCAUGGUCCUGUUACCAAAGCAAAAGAAGAAGAACGAUAAUGGGCAAUGAGUGUAGAUAGACACACGCAGCUUCAUCUUGACAAAUUUUCGAAAAAAACAGGCACGAGCUACCUGUUCGACCCGCAGCAGUGCGCGGACCUGACGCUCUUGAACGGAAGGCGGUCCUGGGGCGGUGCCGUCUCGUCUCCCAGCGCUGUCCAGAUGAAGACACACCCUCUCUGGCACAUGAAGAUGAAAAUGGAGUGCCGGCGGGCCAUCGCGUUGCCGUUAUCUCAGUCCGAGCAAGUCCGACUGCCAGUCUUCGUUCGAGGGGAAAUGAAGAAGGAGAUGGCGCCCGGCGGUAUUUACUAAUAUCUAGGUUUUUCUGCUUUUUCUUUACGUAUGCAUGGACAGGCACUCAUAAUCAUGUUCAUUGAUAUUUCGUCUAUGUGCUGAGGGAAACUACAUACUUGUUCCUCGGCGCUGCGUUAACAUCACACGCGAGUCCACUGCUCCCGCUGAGCAUACCUACGUAAAAAACAAAAAUUGCUACGUCGUUCCGGUGAAUACAACCGCAUAUAAUCUACAAAUACAGAGAUCUUUGUCAUCCCGCAUCCGAGUGGUGAGCCGGCUUGUGGGACGAGGCUCCUGUUGGAAGCCCGCUGGAUCACCCCGACGAGUUCGCAGUCGCACCAUUCGCAAGCAAACCACAGUACUGGUGGUGCCGGUGAUGCUAAAUUGAUGCCGAGAAGUCGACUUACCAUUUUUUCCGGUGCGAGUGGCGACGUUGUCAGGGGCAGAGCGUUGGCGUAUGAGGUGGAGCAGAUCGCGGCGGAGGGGUUGGAGUUGAACUCCGGCGGAAGAUUGAAGAGCUGAGGAUGCAGACGCGCUUGCGCUCCCUCAAUCAAAUGUCAAUGGCUAGCAAAAGUACUCUAGAAAACUUUUUCAUGCUUAGUAGACAAAUAAUGUAAAAAAAAAAUCAAAAAAUUUUCAGCGAUCUCUUACUUCUACUUUUCAUCGAUCGCAUGUCUCUUGCGACAAUUGAAUUCGUCGCGUCAACUAUUCCCAACAUAAAAAAACAGUAUACUUUGAGCUCUAGGCAGACAAAAGAAAAAGAGAAUUGCCAUACAUGAUGCGUGAGCAAAGACGAAAAAAACCACGUUGAUGGAUAUCAUGGAACGAUUGAGCUUUCGCGCUGAACUUGAAGCACAAAACUGACAGUAAGAAAUCUCUGCGUUACAGCACUCCCUGUAAUCAUAUGAAG